AUGGCUGAAGAAGAAGAUUUUAGCUCCAUACCCUUGGCGGACCGCUUCACUCACAAGGUCUGGAAGGUUAGAAAAGGAGCAUAUGAAGAGGCAACCAAGCAGUUCGAAAAGUCUCCCGACGAGUCCGAUCCUUGUUUCCGACCAUUUUUGAACGAGCCCGGCCUGUGGAACAAAGCAGUUCUCGAUUCAAACGUCGCCGCUCAACAAGAAGCCGUCACCGCCCUAUGCGCAUUCCUCAAAUAUGGUGGACGAGACUGUUGUCUACGGACACGAAAUCAGACCAUUACACCCAUGGUCGAGAAGUGUCUAUCCUCCACACGUGCCGCGAUCAAGCAAAACUCCAUCGAAGCUUUGCUUUUGUACAUUGAGCUCGAUGUCGCUGGACCGGUCAUUGAGGACAUGCUGCCUGGUCUUUCCAACAAGGUUCCCAAGAACGUUGCUGCCACACUGCACGCCCUUACACAAAUCUUCCACAAUUAUGGCUGCAAGGUCGUCGAUCCCAAACCUGUGCUCAAAGCGCUCCCCAAAGCCUUCGGUGCUGCCGACAAGAACGUCCGUGCUGAAGCAACGAACUUGACAGUCGAACUGUACAGAUGGCUCAGGGAGGCUAUGAAGCCCAUGUUCUGGGGCGAGCUCAAGCCUACCCAACAGACCGAUUUGGAGGCGCAGUUUGAGAAGAUCAAGGCCGAAGGUCCUCCCAAGCAAGAACGACUCCUCCGAUCGCAACAAGAAGCUCUCGACGCUGCCCCCGAAGGUGGCGAGGAGGGUGAAGAAGGCGAAGUAGAGGGUGAAGAUGUUGGCGAGGUCGAUGCUUUCGAUUUGGCUGAACCUCAGGAUGUUAGCAAGAAGAUCCCACCCAACUUCAGCGACCUACUUGCCUCCUCAAAGUGGAAGGACCGAAAAGAAGCAGUCGACGGCCUUCACCAGGCACUCAAUGUUCCUCGCAUCAAGGAAACUGAUUUCAAUGAAGUCUGUCGCGGACUGGCCAAGUGCAUGAAGGACGCCAAUGUUGCCGUCGUCACCCAGGCUGCUCUCUGUAUCGAGGCUCUCGCAAAGGGCUUGCGAAAGGCCUUUGCCAAGUAUCGCAGCAUUGUGAUGCAACCCAUCAUGGACCGACUCAAGGAGAAGAAGGCUUCUGUCGCGGAUGCCCUCGGCGCCGCUCUCGACGCUGCUUUCGCCUCCACCGAUUUGACUGAGUGUCUCGAGGACAUCACCACAUACCUUGGAAACAAGAACCCCCAGGUCAAGGAGGGUACCAUGAAGUUCUUGAUUCGGUGCCUACGAAAUACCCGAGAUGUGCCCAGUAAGCCCGAGCAAGCUACCAUCUGCGAGGCUGGAAAGAAGCUCUUGUCUGAGUCAAGCCCUGCUCUUCGAGAUGGUGGUGCUGAGAUUCUUGGUACUAUCAUGAAGAUCAUUGGUGAGCGUGCUAUGACCCCUAACCUGGAAGGUCUGGACGACAUCCGCAAGAACAAGGUCAAGGAAUUCUUCGAGGCUGCCGAAGUCAAGGCAAAGGAGAAGCCCAAGCCCAAGGCGGCACCUGCACCUAAAGCGGCGCCUCCCAAGAAAGUCAUGGGUGGAAAGAAGCCUAUGGCCAAGAAGGCCGCUCCCGCUGCCGCUGCGGCUCCAGUAAUGCCAGAUGAUACGCCUCCCACUCCUCAGCCAAGCUCUCGACCUGCCGCUGGCAAGCUCGGAAAGCCUACACUUGGAGGAUUGAAGGGUCCCCAGAAGAGGACCCUUGGAGCUCCGGCACCUGGCUCUCCUCGCAGGGCGCCCGCUGCUCCUGUCAUGCCCGAUGACGAACCUGCGCCACCCGCCCAACCUCGCCUUGGUCUCUCUCGUGGACUUGCUGGACGCUCUCUCGCCAAACCUACCGCACCCUCACCCCCAGUUGCACCAGCCUCGCCGCCUCCAUCUAGCGGUCUCACUGCCGUGGAGCGCGCCGAGAUUGAGGAGCUUAGAGCAGCCAACGACCGGCUAACCCGUCAAGUUGAUGAGAUGCGACAGGAACGUAGCAAGUUCAUGUCAGAGAUUCAAGAGCUCAAGAACCAGAAUGCUGGCCUGAUCGAAGACCACACCCGAGACGUAUUGAGCAUCAAGGCCAAGGAGACACAGUUGGUCCGGGCGAGAAGCGAUGCAGAGGCUACGGAACAGACCAACGACCGCCUGCGACGCGAACUAGAAAGACUUAAGAAGGCUUUGAGUCGUGCUGAAGGAUUGGGUAGCUCUGGAAAUGGUAUGAACAGUCCUGGCCUGGCUUCACCCACACAUGAUGAUGUCUACCGAGACCAUGGACCUCCCUCGGUGAGCCGCCAUAGAAUGAGCGUCACCAGCAGUAUGUCUGAAGAGAAGGAAAAUGGCGAGCAGAUGAUUCCUCGCAACAAGCUUAGCCCUGAGAUGCGAUAUGCUGGUAGCGCAAGCUCAUCCGGACGUGGGUCUCCCGCACGAGGCUUUAGAAGUGCUGCAUCAUAUCGCGACGACGACCAUGCACCAGCACCUUCUCAGCGGCCUAUGUCAUCGCUGCCUCAACCUACGGGAGGUAAUGGAGCCGAGAGUUGGAGAAGGGCAGCAGAGGUGACGAGUCAGCUGAAGGCCCGAAUUGAACAGAUGAAGGCCAAGCAAGGGCUCGCUCGACCUUAG